ACGCGCCUGCGCAGAGUAGCGAAGGUUGGCUGGUGGCGGGUCUGUUGUCGUUCCUGCUCGCGUCCCGGCCGCCCUGCGUGCGAGUCGGGAGAAGGCGGGGUUUGCGGGCGCCGUCGGACCUGACGCGACGGCAGCCCUGAGGAUGGCCCCGCGGGGACGCCGGUAGCAGCAGCAGGUCGCCAGGAAGCCUGGGGCCCACCUGGCAGGCAGCAGCCCCUCUCCGUGCCCUGUGGUGGCAGCAACAUGAGUGAGGUGUCGGUGAUUAAGGAGGGAUGGCUGCACAAGCGAGGGGAAUACAUCAAAACGUGGAGGCCCCGAUACUUCCUCCUCAAAAGCGACGGCUCUUUCAUCGGCUACAAGGAGAAGCCGGAAGCUGCCGAUCACAGCGCACCCCCUUUAAACAACUUCUCUGUGGCAGAAUGCCAGCUGAUGAAAGCCGAGCGACCCCGUCCCAACACGUUCAUCAUCCGCUGCCUGCAGUGGACGACGGUCAUUGAGCGGACCUUCCACGUGGACUCCCCAGAGGAACGGGAAGAAUGGAUGCAGGCCAUUCAGAUGGUGGCCAACAGCCUAAAGACCCAGGCGGCGGAAGAGGAAGACAGGAUGGAUUACAAGUGUGGCUCCCCCAGCGACAGUCCAGGGGCCGAGGAAAUGGAAGUGGCUGUGACCAAGGCCAGAACCAAGGCGACCAUGAGUGACUUCGACUACUUGAAACUCCUGGGAAAGGGCACUUUUGGGAAGGUCAUCCUCGUACGGGAAAAGGCCACCGGGCGCUACUACGCCAUGAAGAUUCUACGCAAAAAGGUCAUCAUUGCCAAGGAUGAAGUGGCCCACACCGUCACGGAGAGUCGAGUGCUGCAGAACACGAGGCACCCCUUUCUCACGGCCCUGAAGUACGCCUUCCAGACCAACGACCGCCUCUGCUUCGUCAUGGAAUACGCCAACGGAGGGGAGCUGUUCUUCCACCUCUCGCGAGAACGUGUCUUCACGGAGGAGCGUGCCCGCUUCUACGGGGCUGAGAUCGUUUCUGCCCUGGAGUAUCUCCACUCGCGGGAUGUGGUCUACCGUGACAUCAAGCUGGAGAACCUCAUGCUGGAUAAAGACGGGCACAUCAAAAUCACGGACUUUGGGCUGUGCAAGGAAGGCGUGUCCGAUGGAGCCACCAUGAAGACCUUCUGCGGGACACCGGAGUACCUGGCCCCAGAGGUGCUGGAGGACAAUGAUUACGGGCGGGCCGUGGACUGGUGGGGCCUGGGCGUGGUCAUGUACGAGAUGAUGUGCGGCCGGCUGCCCUUCUACAGCCAGGACCACGAGCGCCUCUUUGAGCUGAUCCUCCUGGAGGAGAUCCGCUUCCCCCGCACCCUCAGCCCUGAAGCCAAGGCCCUGCUGGCCGGCUUGCUCAAGAAGGACCCCAAGCAGAGGCUGGGGGGCGGCCCCAACGACGCCAAGGAGGUAAUGGAGCAUCGGUUCUUUGCUGCCGUUAACUGGCAGGAUGUGGUGCAGAAGAAGCUCAUCCCCCCUUUCAAGCCCCAGGUGACGUCCGAAAUAGACACGCGGUACUUUGAUGACGAGUUCACAGCCCAGUCCAUCACCAUUACGCCCCCAGACCGAUACGACUGCGUGGACCCCCUGGACGCCGACCAGCGGACGCACUUCCCUCAGUUCUCCUACUCAGCCAGCAUUCGGGAGUAGGGCUGCAGCGCCUCCGGAGAGAGCACGGGGCCGGCCAGGGCCACCCACCCCGUCUGGCUGAUCCCGGCUUCCCAUUCCUGGGAGCCAAGCGGAGGAGCCUGGACCUGCCACAUCGACCCUUGCAGUCAGGACCAGCUGACUCACUUGUGCCCAGGUGUCCCUGCCCCCCCCAUACCUCCCCCCGCCCUUUGCCUCUGGGCCACCACUGAAUGUCCCCUGGAAAUUGCUUUGGCGUGUUUGGUGGCUUCUGAGGGCUGCGCUCGGGCACCGCGUUGCGUUGGCGGAAGGCGGGAAGCACCGUUCACUGCCUCACGUAUGGGCUGCCGUGGUGGCCUUGGUGGCUUGCAGGGCUGUGCUAAGAGAGGCAGAGCCCCGAAAUCCCAGCACCCCAGGGGAUAGUGGCCGGCUGGCCGGCCAGCGCUCAGGUGCCUCUUGAGGACAGUUGGCUUUGGGUGGAGCAGGGCAACCCCCAUGCCUCCGUGGGUGCCGCUGUUAAGAGGAGUGCGGAGCUGCCCUCCAGGUAAUGGGGAGCUGGCCCCCACUUAGCACCGCGGCCUUUCAAGGAACGCCGGGGGGCCGGGCAAAGCAGCUGCACCCUCCUGGCCUGUGACAGUCUGUAGCUGCUGCUUGCAAGGCCCAGGACUGGCCCUCGCUGGAGCGAUUGGGCCCAGCUGCCCCUGCCCAGUAGUUCAUCUGAAGGGGGCUGCCCGUGUGCAACUGGGGCCGGGGUCUGAGUUCCCUGGCCCAGGUCUUGUAGUGGCCCUGGCAGUGUUUCCCCCUCUCUCUCUCCAGCUGUGGAAGAUGGCUGCCUGCCUCUCCCAUCUCUGGCCCAGUGGGGUAGGCAGCCCCCUGACCUCUGGCCCUCCUCCUCAUGGCUGCAGGGCCCUGCCUUGGGAGGAAGGGGGCCUUUUGCCUUGCCCCCCAGGCCUAUGUGGCUUGACCGGGGAAGAAGCAGGCAGCCCGGAGUCGCUCGACUCUGCCAGGGCGCAGGUGCUGCUCAGCUGAGUUGCCCCAGAGGGCCCAGAAGCCACACAGCCAGCCCCCCCCCCUGCCCCCCCCCCCUUUGCUAAAGAGGAGGUUGUGAUCCUCUGGCAAGCCUGGCCGGGAGGUGGACUGACCUUCCUGAAGCUGGGGAACAGUCCGCAGGGCCCCCCGCCCCCUGUGCAAGGAGUGGGAGGCCUCUAGGGAAAGGGGCUUCUCCAGCUGUGCUGCUGGCAGGCCAGAGCAGUCCCUCCUGCCCACCUGUGUGGUCUCUUGGGCAGGUACCAGAGGAUGCCACCUGGU